AAAAGUAAGUAGUGAGUAUAUUUAUUUACCAGCACGAAAAUUGACAUAUUGAUAUAGAGUAUUUUAUUUUUUAAAAGAAAAGAGAAAAUGAAACAAAAGGCCCACCAUUAUUAUGGCUAGGUUUGGUUGUCUUCCUUAUCUUCUCAAAGAGUUCCCCCUUCCAUGUUCCCUUCUUGAAGCUCGCGCCCCCUUCACGAGCCCCCUUUUUCCAUCACUCUUCUCCUCUGCUAUUUUUUCCCCAAUUAAAUUAUUCCAAAAAAGGGCUGCAAAAGCCAAGCACAAUUUCAUGACUUUCGAGUUUCAACUCACCCACUUGCAGUCAUCCAUGUUUCUUCAAGCAAUUGCCCACAACUAAUUUUUUUUUUUUUUUUUUUUUUUAAGGAAAAAGAAUCACCCAAAAAUCCCCUCACAAAUACCCCAAAUGAAGCGAGAUCGUGAUCGUGGCAAGGCGGCCGCCGCCGGCAAACCCAAGAUGUGGGCGGAGCCGCAGGCGGACGCCGGCAUGGACGAUCUGUUCGCCGUGUUGGGAUACAAAGUGAAGUCCUCCGACAUGGCCGACGUGGCGGAGAAGUUGGAGCAGCUGGAGAUGGCGAUGGGCACCACCGCCGAUGAUGGCGUUUCCGUUCUGGCCAAUGAUUCCGUCCAUUACAACCCCUCCGAUCUCUCCGGCUGGGUCGAGAGCAUGCUCUCCGAGCUCAGCAGCUCCUGCGGCUUCGACAACGACAUGGGAAUUUCCGGCGAAUCUUCUAGCAGCAAAUUCAUUAAUUUCUCCGGCGACGACGAUUUGCGAGCGAUUCCCGGCGGUGCCGUUUUCGGAAACAAGCAAAAGGAGGAGUCGGAGAAUGGGAGUAAGCGGAUGAAGGGAUCUGAAUUCGCGGAGAAUUGUUCUCCGGCGUCGGCAACGCGGUCGGUGGUGGUGGACUCGCAGGAGACGGGGGUGCGGCUGGUGCACACACUCAUGGCGUGCGCGGAGGCGGUGCAGCAGGAGAACAUGAAGCUGGCGGACGCGCUGGUGAAGCACGUGGGGCUACUCGCGGUGUCGCAGGUCGGCGCCAUGCGGAAGGUCGCCACCUACUUCGCGGAGGCUCUGGCAAGGCGGAUUUACAAGAUCUACCCGCACGAGACGCUCGACUCCUCCUUAUCCGAUAUCCUGCAGAUGCAUUUUUACGAGACCGGCCCCUAUUUGAAAUUCGCGCAUUUCACUGCCAAUCAAGCCAUUCUCGAGGCUUUUGCCGGCGCUAAUCGCGUUCACGUCAUUGAUUUCAGCUUGCGCCAGGGGAUGCAGUGGCCGGCGCUCAUGCAGGCGCUGGCUCUCCGCCCCGGGGGCCCGCCGGCUUUCAGACUCACCGGGAUCGGCCCGCCGCAGCCCGACAACAGCGACGCGCUGCAGCAGGUUGGGUGGAAAUUGGCCCAGCUAGCGGAGACGAUAGGCGUGGAGUUCGAAUUCCGCGGAUUCGUCACCAAUUCGCUGGCCGAUCUGGACGCGGACAUGCUGGAGAUUCGGGGCGGCGACGAGGAGACGGUGGCGGUGAACUCGGUUUUCGAGCUGCACCAGCUCCUGGCCCGGCCCGGCGCGAUCGAGAAGGUGCUGGAUUCGGUGAAGGCGAUGCGGCCGAAGAUCGUGACGGUGGUGGAGCAGGAGGCCAACCACAAUGGUAGCGCCUUUCUCGACCGCUUCAACGAGGCGCUGCACUACUACUCUACCAUGUUCGACUCGCUCGAGUGCUCCGAGUCCACUCAGCCCGACGGCACCCAGGACCUCAUGAUGACGGAGGUCUACCUGGGCCGCCAGAUAUGCAACGUUGUGGCCUGUGACGGCGCCGAGCGGGUGGAGCGGCACGAGACGCUGGCGCAGUGGCGGGGAAGGAUGAACUCGGCCGGGUUCGACCCGGUCCACCUCGGAUCCAACGCGUUCAAGCAGGCCAGCAUGCUGCUCGCCCUCUUCUCCAGCGGGGAUGGCUACAGGGUGGAGGAGAGCGACGGGUCCUUGAUGCUGGGCUGGCACACCCGCCCGCUCAUCGCCACCUCGGCGUGGCGGAUCACGGCGGCGGACCAAUGAGUCGACUCACUGAGUGGUCGUGGAAGAAGGCCACCACACAAAGUGGUAAUGAGCUGAGUUGUGUGAGAGAGACAGACCUAAAAUUUAGCCAAAUCCUGUCUUUUUUACUUUUCACUUCUAAGUCAACCUCUUUUCUCCUAAACCUUUUUCCAAAUUUCCAUUUCUUUUUGUUUGGUACAUUUGUUUUAAGUUUAUGCAACUAUUUUUAUUUUACUGUUUCUUGCCUCUGCCUUAAUUGUCUGUGUAAAAGAGUGGCAACAGUGUCCGUACGUGUGUAAUGCCAUUUAAUUAUUUGACGUGAAUAAAUAAUACUACUUGCAACCACACUCA